GCUGCCCAGUGCUUGAACCCGGCACCUAGGGCCCGGCACUUGUUUCUCGCCCCGUGGUGGAGUCGGGGGUUUGUUGUGAUGCGGCUCUUAUGCAGGAGUGCCAGGACGCGGUGGAUAUGCCUCGCCGCUUGCGCUCGAACGGCGAAUGAUCGUCUCGACAUUGCUACGGUUGGGCGCCGGCGUUAAAGACUCUGCUAUAUCGCAUUCGCGGUGGAUGUUGACGUGCUUUGGCAGUCGGUGUAUAAGACGGCAUGUGGGCAUGUAGUCGCCGGUAUGCUCUGGCCUAUCGUUGCUUGAAAAGAGACUUGCACUGCUGUCGCAAUGGCAUUUGAACGCGUCAAGACUGCGUACCGGACGGUCCUGUUCCAGAUCGUCAUCGUCGGCCUCGUUGCGUUCUGCGAGCCGGGGAUCUGGACUGCGCUGAACAACCUCGGGGCUGGGGGGAAUGCAUCGCCGUUUUUGAAUAACGCGGCGAAUGCGCUCACGUACGGGCUUAUGUCUGUGGGCUGCUUUGUCGCGGGAGGUGUCUCGAACAAAAUUUCAGCAAAAUGGACACUCGUUGUCGGUGCCGCGUUUUACACUCCAUACGCUGCAGGACUAUACUGCAACAACAGGUACGGUAACGAGUGGUUCAUGCUGCUCGGUGCCGCGCUGUGUGGCAUCGGGGCGUCGCUGCUGUGGGCGAGUGAGGCCGCUAUUGCUGUUGGAUACCCCGAGAACGAGAAGAGAGGCCGGUAUGUCGGCAUCUGGAUGGGGAUUCGACAGAUGGGGCCGCUGGUCGGCGGUGCUAUAUCGCUGGCGCUGAACGUCAAGACGAAGGAGAAGGGCAAGGUGACUUACACCACGUAUCUGGGUCUGGUUGCUAUAUCCUCUCUGGGAGCACCGCUCGCGCUUCUGCUCUCGCAGCCACAGAAGGUCAAUCGUAGCGAUGGCACCAAGAUCCCGUACAUGAAGAAGACCGACUUCAAGACCGAGGCGCGCGCCAUCUUUCGGCAGCUGCGGAAUCCGUAUAUGCUGCUGCUCAUCCCGGUCUUCCUGGCGGGUCAGUUCGGCGUGACGUACCAGGGGAACUACCUUACCACCUACUUCACCGUCCGCUCCCGCGCGCUCGCCUCCUUCCUCACCGCCAUCGUCGGCGCCCUCGCCAACAUCCUAACCGGCAUCACCCUCGACCUCCCGCGGUUCUCGCGCCCCGCCAAGUCCAAAGCCGUCUACAUCUUUGUGAUAACCACCGUCACCACAUCCUGGAUCUGGAACGCGAUCGUGCAAACGAAACUAACCCGCAUGACCACCGCGCCGUCGUUCGACCUCGGCGACGGCGGCUUCUUCAACUCCGCCUUCACGGUGUACAUGUGCUUCCGCUUCUUCUACGAAGUGCUGCAGACGUACGUGUACUGGCUGAUGGCGGAUAUCAAGGGCGCGCAGGGCGACGGCGAUGUGGCGCGCACGACGGGGAUUCUGCGCAGCUGGGAGAGUAUUGGCAGCACGAUUGCGUAUGCGAUUGGCGCGGUGCAUGUGUCGAAUCAGACACAGAUGAUUAUUGGGUUCGCGCUGUGGUUUUUAACGGUACCUUUUACCCUUAUGGCGGUGUUUGGGGAUUGGAAUGGGGGGCCGAAGGGGGUGGAGGAGGAGAGUGAUCUGGAGGUGCAGAGUGUGGAUGUUGGGGAGAGGAAGGGUUUGAGUGAGAUGGGUAGUUGA